UUUUUUUUUUUUUUUAUCUAUUUUUUUUAAUUACCAAUCAAAUCAUGGGAAAGAAACCAUUGGUAUCAAAGACGAUAGUUAUGACAUUAGCAAUGGAAGAAUCGGCACGAGCAAAACAACAACAAGAAGAAGAUUGGGAAGAAAAUGGUCCUACUAUUGAUCCUAAUUCAAACAAUUUAUUUGACGAACUGUGUACAGCCUCAAAACAAGGGGAUUUGGAAAAAGUCGAAAGUUUAGUCAAGAAUUUUGGUGCUAAUAUCAACAAGGUAGACGAAUGGCAAUGUAGUGCUUUAUAUUGGGCAUGCUUAUGUGGCAAUUAUGAUAUUGUCAAGUUCUUACUCGAAAAUGGUGCUCAGUGCGAUAGAAAUACCUUUCAAGGUGAACGAUGUUUAUAUGGCGCACUAACAAGUGAUAUUCGAACAUUAUUACUCUCAUAUAAAAUCACCAAAGCUGUAGACACCAAUCAACCUUAUCUCGCUUUCUUAUCCGACCUUUUGUAUGAACAUCCUUUUAAUGAUCUCUCUUUUACUAUUCGACUACCAACAAGUACUAUUUCUACUCAAGAUGACAAUAUUAUACAGCAUAGCUUUUCAGCUCAUAGGUUCUUAUUGGCGGCUAGAUCCCAAUUUUUCCAACGACAACUUUUACAACGAUGGCAUGGACAACAAACGAUCAAGCUUAGCAAAUCCUUGGUAGAUCCUGUGGCAUUUGCAGCUGUAUUAAGAUAUCUCUAUACUGGACAAUUGGGUGAUAUCGAUCAAGAUACUUUAAGGAACAUGGUGUUUGUGGGUAAACAUUUGGACUUACCUGAAUUAUCAAAUCGAUGUCAAGAGGAACUGGAAACUAUGAACAAUGAAUCGAAUGCGAUCCGUGCUUACGAUGCGAAAGAAAUGGCAAAGAUACGAUUGGAUUUUGAAAAGUUUUUACAAAGGAUCCUUUAUGCUGCAGCGUAUAUUGAACAACAACAAGAAGGAUCUUAUCUAUUGAAGGAACGACUCUUACCAGAGGAUUCAUCUACAGAUCCAAGAACUUUGUUUGCCGAUGUUGCAGUUAGAUUGGAUGAUGAUAAUACCUUAUUCCCAACCCACAAAGCAUUCCUUUGCCGUUCAACUUAUUUUCGGAACAUGCUAGUUAGUACUUUUGCAGAAGCAAGUGCAAGUCCAUCUACCAUUAUCUAUCAACAAGAUGAUAUCCAGUUGGCCUUACCGGUGGUUGGACUUACAAAUGUACCCUCUGAUAUCUUUCAAUAUGUAUUGGAAUUUUUAUAUACAGAUCGAUGUACUAUUCCCAUUGAUUUGGCAUAUGAAGUCCUAUUAGCAGCAGAUUUAUUAUUCUUGGAUCGACUCAAGGCGUUGGCAGCCAUCACUCUCACUGGUCAAGAUGAACCAUGUAUGGAUAUUUAUGAUUUGAUGCAGAUAGCUCUUGAUCUUAAUGUCGACCGUUUGGAACAAUGGUGUACACAAUACUUUGCCAAACAUUUGGAUGAUUUUGCCAAAGAUCCUGCCUUUUAUCGUUUGAUUCGUCAAAGUGCCCAAUCGAUUUCUGGAAGACAAGAAACAGAUUCGAUUCCAUUUAUUGAUGAAUUACGCUAUUACCUUGGCAAGAUGUAUUGUAUAGAAGAUGCUGAUUUAAAUGCAGCGGGCAAGGUCAAUGAGGAUUAUAAGGAGGAUUGGACUGAUUUGGAAAUGACUUAUAAUUUGAAAUUGGAUUUAUUAGACGAAAUAUUAGAGUCUUUAGGACUAGAAGCUUAGUGAUAUAAUAUAGUUUUUUUUUUUUUUUUUAGAAUUAAAAAAAAGAAUAACUAUCAAUCAACUAGUUACUUUUUGAUGCUUUAC